AUGGCAAACAUCACAUUGCAUGACUUUCUUGAUCUAAAAUUUCCUCUCAGCCAAGAAGAAAUAAGAGAAAUCAGUCAAAAAUCCCAAAAAUUGUCUCCUGUAGAAAGAAAAGAGCUUUUCAGCCAAUUAAAAGACAAAACUAAAUUUCCUUCAUGAAAUCAUGAACAGUUAGACCAGCUCACAUCUUUGCUUUCAGCUGACAGUUCCUCACAAGAAAACUCAUGCUUUUUGCCUGAUAAGGAUUAUAACCAAAACAUGAGCGCUAGAAGCACCAUCAACUCUCUAGACGAAAAUAUCAUAAAAUCAUUGAACUUGUCCCCACUCCGCCAUAAUAAAGCGCUAUCAGAAGAAAUUUCGAUGUCUCCAGGGCGCUUUACAAGCCCUAGGUUGUCAAGUUACAUAAGCAAUUAUUUAAACUCUGAAUCAGCUUUGAUUUAUGAUCCUCUAGAAUUAUCAGAAAAAUUGACAUUUUUAACGCAUUAUGUAGAGAAACAAAAAUAUAAGUUUUUUAUUUUGUGGAAACUUAAGGCAGCAAAAGGAAAACUUAUAGAAAAAAUUAAAAAAUUUGGGAAUAUUUUAAAUCGGGCCAAGCUGGGAUUGCAGCAUGCUUAUGUAAUUUGGAAAGCUAAAACAAAAGCACCGAACUUGUCUACAAUUAUUAAUGAUAUCUACAGAGCCGGAAAAAUUUUAUCAAAUUUCCCUUUGAAAAUGAUGGGAGAUAGCUUUACAAAGCUGAAAUUCUACGAUCCAAAGAAAACGAGAAAUGCUAUUAAAAAUUUCAUUUUUUUUAGCUCAAACAGGCUUAGAUUAGCUAUAAAUACAUGGAAAAGUUUUACAAAAGAAAAUAAACACCAAUCAAGAAAUAUUAAAUCAAUUGCGAUUUUAAGGCUUAUGGCUUAUUAUAAAUACUGCCAGAGACACUAUUCCAGCACCGUUAUGAAUAAAUGGAAAAAGGUUUUUGCUAAAAAGAAAUACGAAGGUCUGUUUUUAUAUAAUUCAAUAUUCAAUAUAAACAGAAAAUUAUACAAGCCCUGCUUUGAAUUGAUAAAAAACUAUAAGAAAAAACAGCCAGAAAUUAAAACUUGUGUAUUAAAUGGCAGUUUCAGCUUAGAAAAAAUAAAGAGUGAAGCUGGGCUUGAAAAUUAUAGUGUUGUCCGUGUCAGAAAAAUAUUAUCAAAAAAACGUAAACCAAGUAUAAGAAAAGGAGAUCUUUUAUUCUUCAGCCUUCUCUUUAAUAAUCUCAAAGCAAAGCAGCACCGACAAGUUUUUAAACUUUUUCAGCGUUUAUAA